AUUUCUUAGUGUAGUCUUAAAAUUACGCAUUUUCUAUCAUAAUUAUUUAUAUUUUCAGCACAAUUCUAUGAAGUUUUUGUACUAGUAAGCUGCUGAAGUAUUGCUCAAGAAAAAGUUUACAUUGCUCCCAGCUAACUUAAAUUAUACAUCAUGAACAGCCACAGUACACCGAUUUUCGGAUUCAGAGUAAAGAAAAUAUUCCCUAUUACAUAUUUUCUUGGAUAUUUACGAUUGCCAGGUUAAUGUACGCAAUGUACAGCUUGUUUAUUCUACAAUGAAAGGUACUGAUCUCACUAUUUUCAAAUGCCGAAUAUUGUUAAUAUGAAACAAGAAGAACUCUGAUAUGAAUUUCAUUGAAAAUAGCACUGAGAGGAUGAAUUGUAUAGUAGAUAAACUAUAAGAAAGAACCUUUAAUAGCAAGUUGCUAAUCAAUGUAUCACAAAAGUUAAAGGCAUCUUUUAAGAUCUUAGUCAAGAAAUAUGAACCAUUCUUUAUUCAUUAUUGUAUCAAAGAAAACUUUCACUUAUUUUGGCAUUAGUGAAUUUUUAAUGUAUUUACGAAUUCCCUUUAUAUUAAGAUGGUGGCAUAACAUCUACACAAUUAUCGUUUAAAUAGAAAUGCCUGGCUUCUUCCUGCUCAAACGGAAUGUAACUAGUAACAGAGAUAUUCAAAGAUAUUUAAAAAUGGUGGGAACAGCAGUACUCGGCGCAGCUUUGGGUACUGGUACUGCAUUGCUAAUCGCCAUGACUAUUGUAGUAUACAAGUACUACAAUUUGAAGAAACGAUCGAAGGAAUGGCACUCUCUCGAUAAUAUGCAGCUGCCUCUUAUGCUCGACAAGUACAACAAAUCGAUUUAUCCUUUAUUGAGGCGUACGGAAAAAGUCCUGAAAAAGCAUCCCGAAACAGUCCUUCGUAGAAACCCCCAUUGUCCGAUACUCGACGGCCGCCCCAGCAUGUCCGGAAUAAGCCCGGCCAGUUGCUGGAUGACGCACAAGAGACUGGAAUCCUGGGCGAGGGCAGCGAAGGAGAGGGCAUUGGGAAACAGUUACCAUCAUCAUCCCGCAAUUGGAAAGGGCGAUAAGAACGGGAAGAACGAUAGUAACAGCAGCAGUAGCUUGGAGGAAUUCAAUGUGGAAAAGGAACUCCUAAACCAAGGUCCACCUUCGCAGGCAUCCUCAACGCAGGACGUGGCAAGUGACGUACUAAAGAGUACUUCUGAAGCUGGCGCAUCGGCUCACGUGCCGCCUCCUACGUUACAACACCAAUCAAAAUCGUAUCCCGCUGGCCAGCCUUUGCUCUGCCGGACACCGAGCGUGUCCAGCCAAAGCAGCUUGGACAGCACCGCCUCUAAACAGGGCCAUCGCGGAUCUUCUCCGCAAAUCCGCACAUUCGCGCCGGACGGCAAGACAACGUUUCACUAUCACCACGAAGCUACCCACACGUCCAGCUACCCUUUGCGAAAUUCGAGCCGUUCCCCAUCGCCUUUGAGAGCAGCUUCGUUGGAUAUCCGCUGUUCAUCGCCUGGGACGGCGCACGGUUUGGCGGAUAUCAGAACGCCGUCACCGUCGCAAUCCAGCUUAACGUCUCUUACAGGUAGUGGUUUCUGCGUUGAAAACGAUAGGUACGUUGAAAAUGUCGCAUGUGUUUGUUCAGGAGGUUCUACGAGUUCCUGUAAUUCACCGGUGCCACCGUCACCGAGAACCGGCCUAGGUAGGUGUUUAUCACCGCUUUUCAUACAUCGAACUGUCACGGUUCCUGAUUCAUCGGCGGCGGCGCCUCCUGCCAGUCCGCUGGGCGCCAUCCAGCCGGACUUGUACCUGAAAAAGGACGGGCCUCUGUUCAUUUCCGUGCCGAAGGAGUCUCCCAGCUUGGGAAGAUUGCACUUGAGACUUUCUUAUGAUUUCGACAAGAGCGACUUGGUGGUUCACCUCAUCGAAGCUCACGAUUUAGCCAGCAGCGACCAAGGGGGCUUCAGCGAUCCCUACGUUCGAUUGACCUUGUCGCCCGAAGUGGAUUCGCGCAAGCGUCAGACGAACAUCUGCCGGAACGAUCCGAAUCCAUUGUUCGAUCAGCAUUUCAAAUUUCCCGUUUCGCACGAGGAACUGCAAUCGAAGACGCUGAUUUUACAAGUAUUCGAUUACGAUAGGUUUUCAAGGAACGACGUCAUAGGAGAAGUAUCGAUGGUGAUGAGCGAAUUCGAUGUUGCUAAUAGCGUAGAAAUAUGGGGAGAAAUAACCAAAAACAAGAAACCCAGGGAGGACAUGCAGGAAGUUCUGGUCUCGUUAAAAUUGCAAACUUUCGUGAAGGUGUACCUCAUCAUAAACGGCAAACGCACAAAAAAGAAGAAAACUGUCGUUAAAAAAGGAACUUCGAAUCCGAUAUGGAAUGAGGCGCUAACGUUUACUUUAUCGGCGAAUAACAUUGCUAAUGCUGCAGUUGAGAUAUCGAUAUUCGAUCAAGGUACAGACAUCAUAGUAAACAAUAUUUUAAUCGGAAUUUGUACCAUAGGUCCUAAAGAAACAGGACCCGAGAAAGACCAUUGGAUAGAUAUGACGCAGAGCCCCAGGAAAGCCAUAGCCUGCUGGCACACUAUAAGGUAAAUUAGUGCAUUUUGUAAACUAUCUGCUCAAAAAAAAAAACACAAAAAAAUGAUACAGAUAACACGUAUUAAAUUCGUAUUUUAUUUCGAUAAUGCAGAGUGCCUGCAAUGCAUGUUAAAACAUUGAAAUAUAAGCCUAAAUAAUAUUUGUUGUAAUCAGAUGAGUACACACAUUGGGCAAACUAUUUUCAUGUUUUUUCAUUUUUUCUGCAUAGUUUAUGUUCGUUUACUAUUUAAUGUAAGUAGUACUAAGUCUUGUAAGGCCAUUUAAAUAAGAGUAUUAAAACAGCAUUUCUUAAAUACUGUUGGUUACUCUAUCAGUUGCCAAAUUGCAUUCGAGCGGUUUUUAUUUAUUUUUAAAAAUAUAAUUUUAAUAGGUUA